AUGGUCUUCGUGGAGGAACACCAUGAUCUGGUGCAAAAAAGUAACAAAUGGGUGAAGGAAAUAUCCGGAAAUUACAUAGUGGCGGCGACGCUUAUUUCCGGCGUUACCUUUGCAACGUGCUACCAGAUCCCGGGAGGCUACGACGGAGGCAACGGCAGGCCGAUUGUAGGCAACCGUUAUGAAUUCGACAUGUUUGCUAUCACGGCACUGGUUUCCUUUUGCUCCUCCGUCACUUCCCUCGCCGCCUUUCUUUCCAUUUACGGCUCUCAAAGUGAUCGGCCCGACAUGUACUGGAGAUUUCUGCCGUGGUCCCUGUGCUUGGGUUUAGCUUCUCUGUUUCUCUCAGUUGUGUCUAUGUUGAUUUCUUUCUGUGCUGCGCAUACCUUUGAACUUUUUGGCCCCAUAAACAAGUCAUCUGCGUAUGUCCCCUUGUACGUUGGCCUCGCUUUCAUCCCUCUCUACUGUUACGCGAUAACUCAAAUUCCACUCUAUUGUCGUCUUCUCGAGUAUGUGAAGGAUAUGAUGCCGCCGGAGUUCAGUGAACGGAAAAAUAAGGAAGGCAAAACGCCAUGGAUGGUCUUCGUGGAGGAACACCUUGAUCGGGUGCAAAAAAGUAACCAAUGGGUGAAGGAAAUAUCCGGAAAUUACAUAGUGGCGGCGACGCUUAUUUCCUGCGUUACCUUUGCAACGUGCUACCAGAUCCCGGGAGGCUACGACGGAGGCAACGGCAGGCCGAUUGUAGGCAAACUAUGA